AUGGUCAUAGUAGCAAAUGGAACAUUGCCGGGACCACCAAUUGAAGUUUAUGAAGGUCAAAACGUGAUCGUACACGUAAAGAAUAAACUGCUAAGUGAAUCCACCACAAUACAUUGGCAUGGUCUUCAUCAAAGAGGUACGCCGUGGAUGGAUGGGGUUGCUUAUGUAAAUCAGUGUCCCAUAGGACCCGAUCAAAGCUUUACCUACCGUUUUAAAGCCAAACCAAAGGGUACAUUUUGGUAUCACUCGCACGUCGGAGUUCAAAGAACCAUGGGGUUAUAUGGGGCUUUCAUCAUUAGACCUAAAGAACCGAUUGUAAUGCAUGAGUUUUUGGUAGUGAUCAAUGAUUGGAAUCAUGACUGGGAUUCCAACCAGGUUUAUUAUAGAAUAUUCCACGCAGGAUUAAUCAACGGUAAGGGCAGAUAUUACAAUGAAAAUGGAGUUCAUAAUGAUGCUCCUCUUGAAAUCUUCACAGUUUUCAGCGGUAACCAGUAUAAAUUCAGAUGGAUUUCAGCAGGAAGUUUGUACCCUUUCAGGAUAUCGAUUGACAAUCAUAAUAUAACUAUUAUAGCAUCAGAUGGAUACGACAUAGAACCUUUUACAGCAGAAUCUUUGAUAAUAAAUCCCGGAGAACGAUAUGAUUUCUACAUCACAGCAGACCAGCCUACAAAUAACUACUGGGUAAGAGCG